UUAAAAAGAGUUACCUCCCUUCCAUCGCGAAUGAAAUAAUAUAUCAAAGUAAUAUUUUUCUCAGAUUCUGAGAAACGUUGAUAUAACGCUUACCCCGACCACAAUUUUUAGGACAAAUUCACAAUGACGCCAAUAAUUUCGAAAAGGUAUAGCAGAAAUAUUUCAAAUAUCCGUUGGAUAUAUUUGUUUACGUUUCAGCUGUUGGGAAAUCACGUGAUAUUCGACCCCCAAAGGUCAAGGUAAGAGAACUAAUCGAUGCGAUCGUGGCAGACUGGAAUGUUGACUAGUAGAGAGUGACAUUUGUCAAUGACUGAACUUCACAGGGAUAUCACCAAACCAGAGUUAUUUAUGAAUCCUGAUGAAUUGGGUCGGUCGUGUGACAAUAUCAACGUAACUUGCUCUUCCAUAUCACCCCGUAUCAUAUGCAGCUGGGAUUUGUUUUCUUUUCAAGAGUCGCAUUUGGAAAUCACGUAAUCUCUGACUCUGGGGUCAAUGCAAGAUAAAGUUCACCGGACGACUGGAGGGUGUGUAUUAGAGAUUUUUUUGUUAGAUGAUUUUCUUAAGUAGACUUUGUUGUUGAAAGAGAAUGGACUGUUGUGUUUUAAACUCUGUUAUUUUUAAGCUGCCUGCCUCGAUAUCCGUUUGAUUUUGUCCAGUUUCAUUAGAGUAAUAAAAAGUAAAUCAAUAUGGCUGAACAAACAGACAAGGAAGUAUGUAGCAUUUGUUUAAAUGACUUUCAUCAGCCUGUUAUACUCGACUGUCGGCAUUCGUUCUGCUUCAUCUGUUUUAAGGAUUAUGUGAACAAAUUCUCCAUUAACGAAGAGCUUCUUUGCCCAUUAUGUCGUUGUAUAAUAAAAGAUCGCGAUGGUGGUGUACAACAAUUUAGACCCCAACUAAACACCGAUGAUAAUUCUGCACGUAAUAUUCCACAGUGUGAUGUGUGUAGUGAAUAUACAUCUAAAUUUUAUUGUAGAGACUGUGAUCAAUAUUUAUGCCAAUCUUGCAAAACGACCCAUGAUAAGUUAAAAUCUUGUAAAGAUCAUUUUGUUUGUCGAUAUGACGAAAAACAAAUCUGCCGACUACCAAACAAAUCAAUGAAGGAAAACACCAAAGCCACCCCCGUCACAAAUCGAAACGAUUUAUGUCCUAACCACGUAGAAAAACAAGUAGACAUGUAUUGUAAAGAUUGCUGGCUAGCAGUUUGUUUGAAAUGUUUCGUGGCCGAUCAUAACCGACAUAAUUGUUUAGAUAUUCAGAAGGAACAGGUCAGACAAAGUAUCAGAGAAGACUUAAGAGUGCUUAAUAACGAUUUAGAAAUGCAAAUUACUAAUUUUCAGUUAGAUUAUGAUAAUUUAAAUAGGAAAUUGAUUGAAGUGAAAAUAAGUACAAAAACUGAAUGUGAUAAAGUAGAUGCACAGGUUGAGAAAGUCUGCUCAGAAUUUCAUAAAGUUGGAGAAAAUGCUAAAAACAGAAUGCAGAAAACUAGUGAACAGGAAGAAAUAAAAAUCAGAAAAUCUAUGGAGGAAAUUAAAAGUCUAACAGAAGAAUUAAAAGCUAGUGUGAAAUACUCAAAGAAUGUUUUGGAAGAUUCAUCCAUUGUUCAGGCUUUACAGAGAUUGCCUAAAGUUCGGCAGGAGAAAGAUGAAAGUUGUAGCAAAAUGUAUAUACCUGAUGUAAGAUAUUCAAAGUUUCAAGCACCAGAGAUAGAUGCAACUUUGUUAACGAAUCAACUUGGUAAAAUUUCAUAUUGUAAACAGAAUAUGGUUGGUAAAGUUGUAAGUUGCCAUCAAAAUAUGUUUGAAGAUACUUUUCUUCUGGAUGAUGUUUUUGAUAGAUGGUAUUAUGGUAAACGACAUGGCGUGUCAGGUUUUACAUGGAGUAUUGGUGCAUAUAAAUUGUCAAAAUCAUUACGUAUUAGAUUGAAACUGGCUGACACAGAUGAUAAACGUAUUACGUCAUGUAAAGCUGACGUCACAUAUAAACUUAUAAAUAUAACGGCCGAUAGCAAAUCUGUCAUUAAGCAAUGCAUUGGGACUGUUGAACCUGUUCGGUUGUCGGAGUGUUAUAUUGAUGUUAUUGACUGGUCAUAUUUCAGUAAUCCUUGCAGUGGAUUUAUUGAUGAUAAUAAGCACUUUACAAUUCAAGUAAGCAUUAAUAAUGUAACCGAAAUUAAGAGUCGUUAAUUAUCAGGCUACUUUUAUUCUACUAGGGAUACUCGAUUGAAACGUCCCGGAAUUGACUUCUCUGAACCCCAAAAUGAAUAAACUCUUACACAUACUUAUUGCAUACAGCUUAAGAUAUAUUUAGGCGACGUUUCUAAGGAGGAUAUUCUCUCAAAUUUAUCAAGCUAAUACAAUAUAACAAAAUGGGAAGCAACUAUAUAUAGACAAAUCUACAAAUUGAUACCAUACAUGGCAACAAUAACAUCAAAGGCCUGCGGCACAAUGGAGUUAUCAUAUACAAUAACAAGAUAAAAGGGACUAAUUAACUUUAUUAAAGUCUUGGGGAUUGGAUGGCCGAAUUGUUAGCGCGUGCGCGCUGAAUCAUUAAGUCUGUCAUUGAGUCAACUGGCAAUUCCCUGGUUGUACGUGACAAGGAGUCGGGGCGUAGAGUCGCCUGUCCAACCUCAGGGGUUUACUCUGGGUCCUCGGGUUAGCUCCCACUGCUAAAGACCCCUAUGCGCAAGCGAAUUAUUGAAAUAAAAUUGAACCAUAUGUUAGUCCCGAAAUGACCUAGGGUCAUUAGCAGUGGGAGGAGACCUGAGGACCCAGAGGAAACCCACGAGGUUGGACAGGCGACCCUACUCCUUGUCACGUACAACCAGGGAAUUGAAACCAUUUGACUCAAUGACAGACCUUAUGAUACAGCGCGCACGUGCUAAUCAUUCUGUCAUCCAAUCCCCCAGACUAGAAAUAAGGAUAAGAUGAUAACUACUAUAUUAUAAUAAUGGAUAAUCUCUCAGCCAAUCAUAACAGCUGAAACAUAAUCAUCUUGAAUAACAUCGCCAUUUUACUGCCACCACCUCAGUUUGACGGAGCUGAAUUCCAUGUCAUUCGAUAGCAGCCCCGGACUGCCAAUCGAAUCCCCUUCUCAUUAAUGCCAAUAAUUGAAUUAUAUUUGAAAACUUUAUAACGGGGAUACUUGAUUGAACCUUCCGGUGUUGAAUUAUCUCAAUUCGAAAAAAAUAAUGCCAAUCGAUUGAAAUCUCGUUUCUGUUAGCAUUCAAUUUAUAUAUAUAUAUAUAUUAGUAUACAUUGUAUCUGACUGUUAUGUUUAAUGUCAACCAUCAAUUUAUAUACAAUAAUCUAUAUUAUACAUUGUAUCUGAUUGUUAUGUUUCAGCCAUCAAUGUAUAUUAUCUGCAUUAUAUCUAACUGUUAUAUUUUAUGUCAACCAUCAAUUUAUAUACAAUAAAUUACAUUGUAUCUGAUUGUUAUAUUUAAACGUCAAUAUAUACAAUAAUGUUAUAGGUUUCAACUACAAAAACACCCUUUUAGAUUAGAAUUUUCCCCUUGUGAUUUUCAACUUUUUACUCUAGAUUUUUAUAGGACGUUGCUUAUUGCUUGGCAAUAAGUAUAUAUCAAACAAUAUUUUAGAUGAUAUUUUAAAUCUACCACUGUUUUAUAUUUUGUAUAAUGGUAAUAGUCUUAUGUUUCUUGAUUUUAAGGCAGCUGGUAUUGUUAAGAUUUAUGAUAUUGCCUAUUCUGUUGAACCGGGUUUUUACAUUCUGAGAGAGAGAGAGAGAGUUUAACGUCCACUCGACACAAACUAGGUCAAUUCUGGACUAACAUAAGGUUUUAAUUUUUUUUUAUUUCAAGAAUUCGCUUGCGCGUAGGGGUCGUUAGCAAUGGGAGGAAAUCGGAGGACCCGGAGAAAACUCACGAGGUUGGACAGGCGAUUUUUACAUUCUAUUAAAGUAUCAUGCGCCAAUGGUUGUCACUGAAAUAUACAUUUUCUUAGGCUUAAUUAUCGCUAAUUUGUACUCGAAUUGAUAAAUUAACAUUUAAUUAAGAAAACAAAA